UUUGGGAAAGAUGGGAAAUUGCCUUCUGACCUUAAACUUUUUAAUGAUAUUACUUUGCAAACUUCUAAUGCUGAAAAAAAGAAUGCUGUUAUAAUGGGGAGAAAGACAUGGGAGAGUAUUCCUCGUAAGAAUCGGCCUUUGCCCGGUAGACUUAACGUUGUUCUCACUCAUUCUCGGGAUUAUGAUGUUGGAAGUUUGGAAGAUGCUGUGACUUGUGCAAGAAUCAAUUCUGCUUUGGAGCUGUUGGGAAUGCGCCCGUAUGAUCUUUUGAUUGAGAGGGUGUUUGUCAUUGGCGGUGGUCAGAUCUUGAGGGAGGCACUUAAUGCUCCAGCUUGCGAUGCGAUACAUAUUACAGAGAUUGAGACCGAUAUAGAGUGUGACACAUUUAUGCCCCCUGUGGAUAAUUCUUUGUUUCAGCCUUGGUAUUCGUCUUUUCUUUCGGUUGAGAACAAUAUACGACACUCUUUCGUUACAUAUGUCCGUGUGAGAAGGACUGCGACUGAUAUUGGUACACAAAUCAAUACUACCAAGGCACUAUCUAGUAAGUUUGAGGUACAUGACUUCUCCUUCCUGCCUCAAAUGGUAUUUGAUAGACAUCAGGAGCAUUUGUACCUUAAGCUAGUUCAAGAGGUCUUGUCGAGUGGGAAUCUUAAGGAUGAUAGGAUAGGGAUGGGGACCCUAUCAAAAUUUGGUUGCCAGGUGCAUCAAGCUGUUUGUUUAUACUGAGUUCUUAUUUUGUUUUUGUUUUGGUUUUUAGUUAUUGAUUUGAUGGUUUUUUCCCACAAGUGCGGUUCAAUUUGCGCAAGAGUUUCCCACUUCUUACAACCAAGGCAUGUAAUGUAUAACUAAGUUUCCAGCUUAUAUUGCUUCUCUCUAUGAUUUUUUUUGAAGGUUUUAGCAAUUUAUGUUUUCCUUAAAUGACUUGUUGAUUUGAUUAUACAUAUAGAUUUGGAAAAAUUAUGGUGGAUACUGAAUAUUAUUUGUGGAAAAAAUCUAUUCGAACUCUUAAGCCAUGUAUACUGAAAACUAUCUUUAUCAAUUCAAAUUACAGAGAGUAUUUUGGCGAGGUGUUGUAGAGGAACUUUUGUGGUUUAUUAGUGGUUCCACAAAUGCCAAGGUUCUGCAAGAGAAAGGCAUACAUAUUUGGGAUGGAAAUGCAUCCAGAAUUUACCUUGGUACAUGGAUUCUACUCUACCUCAGAUUUAUGUAGAGGUGAUCAUUGGGCAGGCCGGGCCGGGCCGAAGCUACAAGAAUUUGCCCACUUCUCGGGCCGGGCCAAGCUUCGGGCCGAAUUUUUUGUGCCCAAACCCGCCCAAAGUGGUCAGGUCGUGCGGGAUUUUCGAGCCGUUUUCGAGCCGGGCCUAAAAAAUCAACUAAAUAUGUUUAAAAACGCAUUCCCAAACCCGCCCAAAAAAAUAAAAAUUUCGGGGCGGGCCCAACCCGAUUUUGGGCCGAAAAUUUCUGCCCAAAACUGGGCCGGGUCGGACCGGGCCAACGGGCCGGCCAUACUUGAUCAGAUCUUAUUCCUGGGGAUUUCAUCCAUGUCAUUGGAGAUACUCAUGUUUAUCGCAACCAUAUUGAGCCUUUGCAAGAACAAUUACAGAAUCUGCCUAAACCUUUUCCUGGGUGACCUUUGUUUCCUGCACCUGUUGUUCAAUUUCUGUCAAAAGUGGGUGCUGUGUGAUGCCAAGGUAAUUUGAAGAUAAUGUUCUGAGUGCAGAUUGGGUGCAUCAAUAGGACAUGUGGAUAUGCAAAUCCAUCCGUCCUGGUCGCAAGAGUGCGGAUCCAGUCUGUCUUUGUGGUUUGUUGUGAACACAAUGAUCCUCAAUUGUAAUAUUACAUCCUUUUUUAAUGAAAAUAUGUAACUUUAUGUAUAGUUAGUGUUUAUAUAUACAUUUAAGUAAAAAAAAUGCAAAAAAAUUUUUUAUUUUUUUUUUAUUUUUUUGGGGUAUUUUGGCACCAGUUUGGACCAGAACCGAUGCCAAAAGUUUU